AAAAAGCCAACAAUAGCACUCGUUUCCGUACAUACUUCCGGGAAUAUCAUAACAAUUCAUUUUGAGUUUAAACUUGGCAAUCUGCUUUUUUACCUAUACUUAACUAUGUUGUUUCUAUUUGUGUAAGUAAUUCUCCUUUUUGAAUUAUUCACUAUUGCAGAUUAAUCACUCGCAAAAGCUAAAUAUUUAUGUUUAUGUUAUGUUUCUUUUUUUUUAAAUUGGAUCUCUCUUGAAAAAAUGUGAACACCCAAUACGUUUUUGUGCGACAUAGAAUGACAGUUAUGAUGCAGAAAUUCUUAAUAAAACAUGACUGUUAUUCAUACUGCUGCCUUCGCUACACAAACUCCGGAGCUCAGAUUCCAGAAAGGUCCCGAUGGUUCGAGUCGCCUCCUCGAACCGUCCAGCACCGGUGAUUAAAACAGGCGCACUCCGGCAUUCCGCUCCAAAAUAAAAGCCUCUUACGCAAAUCCCUUAGCGUAAUAUAAUAAAAAUAAGCACUAAAUGUGUUUACUGUUUUGCCUUGUGUGGCCACUGAUUAACCAAUGACUAAGUUGAGAAACACAGCAUUCCUUCAUAUAUGUGUAACGUUCACGACUGGAGCUGUACCUGUGUUACCUCACUCUGACCUCUCCGGGGCUCCUCACACGCAUGCACGCGCUCUGGACUCACAGCGUGACGUAUGCCCUGGCGCCCGGUUAGCUAGCUUCUAAGCUAGUUAGCUAGUUGUUGUUGCUAACCGCGUACAUCGUCAGUUAACGUCAGCUAACUAGCUAGUAACUAACGUUUCCUGACCUGGUGACCGUCGACAGCGGUUAUGGACGACGAAAGCCAUCCCAAAACCCUGUAUGUGGGGAAUCUCUCCAGGGAUGUAACAGAAAUUCUGAUUCUGCAACUCUUCACUCAGAUCGGGCCUUGCAAAAGUUGUAAAAUGAUAACGGAGCACACAAGCAACGACCCAUACUGCUUUGUGGAGUUUUUUGAACACAGAGAUGCCGCUGCUGCUCUUGCAGCCAUGAACGGACGGAAGAUAUUAGGAAAGGAGGUCAAAGUAAAUUGGGCCACCACUCCAAGUAGCCAAAAGAAGGACACUUCCAAUCACUUCCAUGUUUUUGUGGGUGAUUUGAACCCCGAGAUUUCCACUGAGGAUGUCAAGGCUGCAUUUGCACCUUUUGGGAAAAUCUCGGAUGCUCGUGUUGUGAAGGACAUGACGACAGGCAAAUCAAAGGGGUAUGGAUUUGUGUCCUUCUACAACAAACUGGAUGCAGAGAAUGCCAUCAUUAACAUGGCUGGACAGUGGCUUGGAGGACGCCAAAUCAGGACUAACUGGGCAACACGUAAACCUCCGGCUCCUAAGAGUGUUCAGGACAAUGCUUCAAAGCAGCUGAGGUUUGAUGACGUUGUGACUCGGUCCAGUCCACAGAACUGCACUGUGUACUGUGGAGGGAUCCAGUCAGGACUAUCAGAACAUCUAAUGCGACAGACCUUCUCACCAUUUGGUCAAAUAAUGGAAGUCAGGGUUUUUCCAGAGAAAGGAUAUUCUUUCAUCAGGUUUUCCUCCCAUGACAGUGCUGCCCAUGCCAUUGUUUCAGUAAAUGGCACAGUCAUUGAAGGACACAUAGUGAAGUGCUUUUGGGGCAAAGAAUCUCCUGACAUGGCAAAAAAUCCACAGCAGGUUGAGUACAAUCAGUGGGGCCAGUGGAACCAGGUCUAUGGGAAUCCACAGCAGCAGCAGCAGCAGCAGCAGCAGCAGCAGCAGCAGCAGCAGCAACAGCAACAACAGCAGCAGCAGUACGGGCAGUAUGUGACAAAUGGGUGGCAAGUCCCCUCUUACAGCAUGUAUGGCCAGACGUGGAACCAGCAAGGAUUUGGAGUAGAGCAGUCCCAAUCACCAGCCUGGGUGGGAAGCUUUGGAUCUCCAUCAGCCCAAGCUGCAGCUCCGCCUGGUACCGUCAUGUCAAACUUGGCCAAUUUCAGCAUGGCUGGCUACCAGACGCAGUGAGAAAGUCCUAACCUAAGUGUAAUAUCAAGGGGACACAGCACUCUUUCAUCUGGACAGCUGCUGUGGUAAAAGAAGGGCAGGGGCCAUAUUCACAAAGCCUUUGUAGCUGAUAGUUGCUCCUGAACAACCAGUUUAACAAUUCUCUUUUAAAAGACAGUCCAAUUUUUAGAAGUUUAUUUGUUGAUAAUUCAUAAACCUGUUAUGGAAAAGUGCUCUUGGGCUUUGAAGUGAAGCCAAACCAACUUUCUUUUUCUCAGUAGAUGUUUAAGGAUAUACCAACCUUUUGAAUGUUCGGCCCUAUUAAACCUUACCUACAAUGUGGCAAGAGGAUUUGCAGAGUUACCUUUUGAUGCCUUUCCUCUCAUCACAAAUUGAGUAAAUUGGGCGAAAGCAUUAAAAAGUCAGUGUGGUUUUUCAGAACUUACUGUUACUCUUUCAGAUUCAAAACAUGAGGGGAAAAAAAUGGAAAUCCAAAAUGCAUACACAACAGCUGAGUCCUUUUGUGGACCUAAAAGCACACUUACUAAAAGCCAUCAUGUUACUCCAGCAGCUCACUGGAAUUUGAAGAGGAUUAAAAUCCCUGGAAACCUCAAAUUUACUGACAUUAAUGUUGAAUUAUCAAACUAUAGCAAUGUCUACUCUCAGUUUGCCAAUGUUUUUUAAUAUUAUAAUGUUUAUUUACUGGUCAUACUUGGGCAUUUGUCAUUUUAUACAAUAGAAGACAAACCACCACUCAAGUCUUCAUACGUUGAUUCAAUUAGUUUUUAUAAUGUAGGUCACUUUUUAAAAAUGCAGACAGUGAUGACAGUGUUGUAUAGAUCAAGCAGGUAUUAAUGGUGAAUGCGUGCUACAAAAUGCACUCAGUCACAAGAAAGACCUGCGAACUUUGGUCUUGACCUUCAGCUCAUUUAGUAUCUAGACAUUCAGUCCUGUUUUGAUAUAUCGAUGAAAAAUGCUUUGUGAAUAGAGGCCCUGGAAUGGUAGUUUACCUUUCCAGUAUAUGUGAAGAAGCUGUUUGUAUAAACAACUGUGGCUUUAAAAUGGAGGUUUAAGUGGGAGGUGGUAUCUCUUGGAUAAAUUUUGUGUACAAAGAAAAUUUCACCUACACAGCUCUGAAAGCAAAAAAAUAUAUAUUAGAAUUUUCAUGUUUUGUAUCGGAGUGAGAAGCAUGUCAUUUGCAGACUUUGAUGGAUUGUAGUUUACACCUGACUGUAGCCGAGAUUGACAGAGUUAUAAUCAAAGGACAGGCUAUAGCACAUGCUCACUGUAUAAAGAAAAUAUUGUAAAAACUGCUUAAUCCCCAAUCUUUGUAAAAGUAACAAACUCUGUGCCGAUUCUGGGGCUGGUUUCCUAGAGGAAUACUGAAUCUUAAACAUUUUCUUCCUUCCUCCUCCUUGCUAACCUUAGCUAAUUUAUAGUCCUUUCUUUCUAAUGGCAAGGAACAUUUUUUUGCGUAAAAACCGUAGAAUUAAUUUUGUACCAAAACCAGCCCCUGAUGUUACUGCAUCGUGUUUUACGUCAUUCAAAAUGUUCCACUUUAGUCACCCACUGACAUAAAGACAAACUGUCCAGUGUUUCGAUAUAUUGUAAUUUGAGCUAGUUAUAUUUUAUGUUAUUGAAUGUGAAGGACUUCUUGAAUAGGUAUGUCAAGACAGCCGAUGUCUCUCUCCCCCCCCACCCCCACCCCCACCCCCACCCCCCCGUACAUUCUGAACUCUCUAUUUCUAGAGUGUUUUCAUAUAUCCAAGGUAAAUUAUUUAAAAGAAAAACAUCACUGGCAGAUUGCGACAAGAGGAUUCCUCACGGACAUCCUGCCAUUUGAAUUUUAUUUGUGUAUGUGCCAUUCUGUACAGUGUAUAACUACGCUAAGCUCACUCUCCUUUCUGUUGUACUAGCCAACAAACUUGAUAAUCUUUUUGUUUAUUUGAGCUGAAGGGGUUUAAUGAAAUAAAACAGGGUCAUGUUUGUUGAGAGUGUAAAUAUAAACCUUGAUAAAAACCUUCAUAAAAGUUAAAAUCAUGUACAUACUGUAGGUAGAAAUUUAAUUCCAUCAUUAAAUUUCAGCAAUAUAAUUUAUGAACAAGCCUUAAUUGAUUUGUUGGUAAAUUCAAACCUUGUAUUAUUUAAAGAAGCUCCAUUAUACAUCUAUUUUUUUUUCACUGAAUUUUUUUCUCCCAUUUUUCGGUUUGUGCCAUUUUCAGGAUGUAGCAGGAAGCAGGUGAUGUAUCAGCUUGAACUGCACGCUUAUGACAUGUAAUAUAUUUGUUGCUUAAAAUAUUGAAUGUAAUGGCAAUUUGCUUUUAUGACAACAAUACAUAUAAGUUGAACAACUGAAGUGAUGUUUAAUAAAGGAUGAAAUCAAUUUUCCAUUUGACGGAAAACCUCAGUGAAUCACUUCAAAUAAAGAAACAUUUGAACCUC